UUAUAAAAGGACGAACGUACAAUCCACCGUGAAACCUACUUCGUUGGAGUCACGUGACAACUGCCGUCAUAAAAGUGUCCGUUAUGCGCUUGCUGAGUACAGCAGUUGUGUUAGGGUUAGCUGGGAGUCGUGGUUUACUGCGAACCAUGUGUGCUCAGGUGGGAGACUGGCAAAGCGCCAAAUCCAUCUACGAGUUCUCGGCCAAGGAUAUUGACGGGAAUGAUGUGUCACUGGAGAAAUACCGGGGGAACGUGUGCGUCAUUGUAAACGUUGCCUCUAAAUGAGGAAAGACCAGAGUAAACUACACUCAGCUGGUGGAGAUGCACGCCUCCUAUGCUGAGAAAGGUUUACGUAUCCUGGGCUUCCCAUGUAACCAGUUUGGUGGACAGGAGCCUGGUACUGACGCAGAGAUCAAAGAAUUUGCUCAUGGCUACAAUGUUGAGUUUGACCUCUUCAGUAAGAUCGAAGUGAAUGGAGACAACGCACACCCCCUGUGGAAGUGGAUGAAGGCGCAGCCUAAAGGGAAGGGGCUUCUCGGAAAUGCCAUUAAAUGGAACUUCACAAAGUUCCUUAUAAACAAGGAAGGGCAGGUGGUGAAGAGAUAUGGUCCAACAGAUGAUCCCAGAGUGGUGGAGAAGGACCUGCCGUCUUACCUCUAGUCCUUUGUCAUUUUGCGUGACCCCCCGACCUUCAUCAUGGAUCUAAUGGCAUUGGUGUGUGUGGUGCUUCUGAACCAAUGACGGCAUGUCUGUAAACCCAACUCCAGGGCGGGCAUGCCUGAUGAAAACCUGCGUGCAACUGAUUCCCAGACUCCACUCACACCAAACCAGACCAGACCAUAUGACAGGGAUGAUCACAAUCAAUCCAAAGUAGAUGUCCUUUUCAUUUGACUGCAGCCAAUAAGCGGCUACUCUGUUUAUGCUGUUUGUUUUUUUGUUGUUGUUUUUUUUUCAAAAGAAAAUAUAGUAUUGUUCAGAUUGAUUGACAAAUGUGUGCAUGUGUCAGUGGAAGGAUACAUGGAUGUCACGAAUUACACAUUAUUAAAAGCACUGGAACAACUGACUUAAAUUAUGAAAUGAAAAUAUUGUACGAAUAAUUAUCUGCUGAAUCAGAAAAUAAAUGCUAUGUAACAGAAAAAA